GCCCGCGCCGGGCCCCUCAGCCGGUCUCUUCGCGCUCCCAGUGCCCCCAGCUCCGGCCGAGGGCGCUGCUUCCUCCGGAGGGCCGACAGGCGUCUGGGCGCGCCGCGCACUUGCCGGGCGGUGCAGGUGGCGGCGCGCGCCCUCCGCCUCUGGGUCGCGGCCAGCGCUGCGCUGCGCUCCGCGCGCCCAGAGGGGGCGGGAGAGGCGGGGCGGCCCCCGUCCCAGCCCCAUUUAAUUUCUCCGCGGCGGCGGUCACUGCGGCGCCGCGGGCUGGAGGCCGGCGUCGGGGAAGGUCCUGGUCCGGAAUUCCACACGAGGUGUUGCCGCGGUCGUGUCUGCCAGUUUCUUCGCUGCGCGCGCCGAGCCCGCGUGGCCCUCGGGCUGCACGUCCCAGACGCUUCAGCGGCGCAAGGCUGCAGGUGAGAUACCCAGGUGACUGGACUCCAUGGCUUCCGGGAAGAGCCCCUGUUGGCUGCUGAUGUGGAUGUGCUUCAUGCUCUCUGCCUUACUGCAGACCACAGCAGAGAAGUCUCCUGGAGCCUACUUCCUUCCUGAGUUUGCACUCUCUCCUCAGGGAAGUUUUCUCGAAGAUACAACAGGGGAGCAGUAUCUCACUUAUCGCUAUGAUGACCAGAACUCGAGAAACACUCAUUCAGAUGAAGAAAAAGAUGGCAACUGGGAUGCUUGGGGUGACUGGAGUGACUGCUCCCGGACCUGCGGUGGGGGAGCGUCGUAUUCUCUGCGGAGAUGUUUGACUGGGAGGAAUUGUGAAGGGCAGAAUAUUCGAUACAAGACAUGCAGCAAUAAUGACUGCCCAGCCGAUGCCGAGGACUUCAGAGCCCAGCAGUGCUCGGCCUACAAUGAUGUCCAGUACCAGGGGCGUUACUACGAAUGGCUUCCGCGGUAUAACGACCCCGCUGCCCCUUGUGCACUCAAGUGUCAUGCCCGGGGACAGAGCCUGGUGGUGGAGCUGGCCCCCAAGGUCCUGGAUGGGACUCGCUGCAAGACGGACUCCCUGGACAUGUGCAUCAGUGGCAUCUGUCAGGCGGUGGGCUGUGACCGGCAACUGGGAAGUAAAGCCGAGGAGGACAACUGUGGCGUCUGUGCUGGCGACGGCGCCACCUGCAGGCUUGUGCGGGGACAAUCCAAGUCACACGUUUCUCCUGAAAAAAAGGAAGAAAAUGCCAUCGCUGUUCCUUUGGGAAGUCGAAGUGUGAGAAUUACAGUGAAAGGACCUGCACAUCUCUUCAUUGAAUCAAAAACACUUCAAGGAAACAAAGGAGAACACAGCUUUAACAGCCCUGGAGUUUUUGUUGUAGAAAACACAACAGUUGAAUUUCAGAAAGGUUCAGAGAGACAAACCUUUAAGAUUCCAGGACCUCUGAUGGCUGAUUUCAUUUUCAAGACCAGGUACACUGUGGCCAAAGACAGCGUGGUCCAGUUCUUCUUUUACCAGCCGAUCAGUCAUCAGUGGAGGCAAACCGACUUCUUUCCCUGCACUGUAACAUGUGGAGGAGGUUAUCAGCUCAAUUCUGCAGAAUGUGUGGAUAUCCGCUUGAAGAGGGUGGUUCCUGACCACUACUGCCAUUACUACCCUGAAAAUGUAAAACCAAAACCCAAACUGAAGGAAUGCAGCAUGGAUCCUUGCCCAUCAAGUGAUGGAUUUAAAGAGAUUAUGCCCUAUGACCACUUCCAACCUCUCCCUCGCUGGGAACACAAUCCUUGGACUGCAUGUUCGGUGUCCUGUGGAGGAGGAAUUCAGAGACGGAGCUUUGUGUGUGUAGAGGAGUCCAUGCAUGGAGAGAUACUGCAGGUGGAGGAGUGGAAGUGCAUGUAUGCGCCUAAACCCAAGGUUAUGCAAACUUGCAAUCUCUUCGAUUGCCCCAAGUGGAUCGCCAUGGAGUGGUCUCAGUGUACAGUGACUUGUGGCCGGGGGUUACGUUACCGGGUUGUUCUGUGUAUCAACCACCAAGGACAGCACGUUGGGGGCUGCAACCCACAACUGAAGUUACACAUCAAAGAAGAAUGUAUCAUUCCCAUCCCCUGUUACAAACCAAAAGAAAAAAGUCCAGUGGAAGCUAAAUUACCUUGGCUGAAACAAGCACAAGAACUAGAAGAGACCAGAAUAGCAACAGAAGAACCAACGUUCCUUCCGGGGCCCUGGUCGGCCUGCAGCGCCACCUGCGGAGCCGGCGUUCAGGUGCGCGAGGUGAGGUGCCGCGUCCUCCUCACGUUCACGCAGACGGAGACGGAGCUGCCCGAGGAGGAGUGUGACGGCCCCACGCCGCCCACGGAGCGGCCGUGCCUCCUCGGAGCCUGCGACCAGGGCCCGGCCUCCCGCCAGCUGGAGGUGCCUCUCCCCGGGAAGGAGAGUGAGAUGACUUACGACUGGGAGUACGCCGGCUUUACCCCUUGCACGGCGACAUGCCUGGGAGGCCGUCAAGAAGCCAUAGCAGUCUGCUUACACAUCCAGACCCAGCAGACGGUCAAUGACACCCUGUGUGACAUGGUCCACCGCCCUCCAGCAAUGAGCCAGGCUUGUAACACGGAACCUUGUCCACCCAGGUGGCACACAGGUUCUUGGGGACCCUGCUCGGCUACCUGUGGUGUUGGAAUCCAGACCCGAGAUGUGUACUGCCUGCACCCAGGGGAAUCCCCUGCCCCUCCUGAAGAAUGCAGAGAUGAAAAACCCCACGCCUUACAAGCAUGCAAUCAGUUUGAUUGCCCCCCUGGCUGGCACAUUGAAGAAUGGCAGCAGUGUUCCAGGACAUGUGGUGGGGGGACUCAGAAUCGAAGAGUCACCUGCCGGCAGCUGUUGACAGACGGCAGCUUUUUGAAUCUCUCGGAUGAAUUGUGCCAAGGACCCAAGGCAUCUUCUCACAAGUCCUGUGCCAGAACAGACUGCCCCCCACAUUUCACUGCAGGAGACUGGUCAAAGUGCUCUGUCAGCUGUGGUGUUGGAAUCCAGCGAAGAAAGCAGGUGUGUCAGCGGCUGACGGCCAAAGGCCAGCGUGUUCCCCUCAGUGAGACAAUGUGCAAAGAUCAACCGGGGCUUCCUCUUGUAAGGUCUUGCCAGAUGCCGCAGUGUAAGAAAAUAAAACCCGAGAUGAAAGCAAAGCUUGGUGAGCAGGGUCCUCAGAUACUCAGUAUCCAGAGAGUCUACAUUCAGACCAGAGAAGAGAAGCGCAUUAACCUCACUAUCGGUAGCAGAGCCUAUUUGCUGCCCAACACGUCUGUGAUUAUUAAAUGCCCAGUGCGACGAUUCCAGAAGUCUCAGAUCCAGUGGGAGAAGGAUGGCCAUUGUCUGCAAAACUCCAAGCGACUUGGCAUCACCAAGUCAGGCUCACUGAAAAUCCACAGUCUUUCAGCCCCUGACAUCGGCGUGUACCAGUGUGUGGCAGGCUCUGCACGAGAGACGGUUGUUCUCAAACUCAUUGGGACAGACAACCGGCUCAUCGCACCUCCAUCCUUCAGAGAGCAAGCGAGGGGGUAUCCUGGGAUGGACCAAAAUGAAGCUGGUAGUUUGGGAGCCACAUGGAAUAAAGUGCGGCAAAUGUGGAGUAAUAAAAAUGAGCUUUAUCUGGAUGAUGGCCAAAUGAAUAAGCAGCCUUUCUUGAGAGCUCUGUUGGGCCACUGCAGAAAUUCUGCGGGAAAUGCCAACUCCUGGGAGUUUAAGAAUAAGCAGUUUGAAGCAGCAGUUAAACAGGGAGCCUAUAGCAUGGACACGGCCCAGUUUGAAGAGCUGAUAAGAAACAUGAGUCAGCUCAUGGAAACCGGAGAAGUCAGUGAUGACCUUGCGUCCCAAGUGAUAUACCAGCUGGUGGCCGAGUUAGCUAAGGCACAGCCUGCACCCGUGCAGUGGAGGAGCAUCCAAGAGAAGGUGCCUCCUGCAGCUCAGCUAAGGGGGGAAACAGGAAGUGUGACCCAAAGCUCAAAUGCAAAGAAUUCAGGCAAGCUGAUGUUCAAGCCAAAGGGGCCUGUUCUCAUGAGGCAAAGCCAACCCCCCUCAAUAUCAUUUAAUAAAACUAUAAAUUCAAGGAUUGGAAAUACAGUAUAUAUUACAAAAAGGACCAAGGUCAUCAAUAUAUUAUGUGACCUUGUUACCCCCGGUGAGGUAACAUAUACAUGGACCAAAGAUGGAGCAUUGCUAGAACCCUCAGUCAAAAUAAUUUUGGAUGGAAUGGGGAAAAUGCAGAUACAGAACCCUACUAGGAAAGAACAAGGAACAUAUGGAUGCUCUGUAACUAAUCAUCUCGGUUCAGAUGUGGAAAGUUCUUCUGUGCUAUAUGCAGACGCACCUGUCAUCUUGUCUACUGAAAGAAAUAUCACCAAACCAGAGCACAGUCAUCUGUCCAUCGUGGUUGGAGGCAUCGUGGAGGCAGCCCUACAAGCAAAUGUGACAAUCUGGUGUCCUGUAAAAGGUGUCCCUGAACCCAAUGUAACUUGGUUGAAGAGAGGAGGAUCUCUGAGUGACAAUAUUUCGUUGCUUUUCAAUGGAUCCCUGUUGUUGCAGAAUAUUUCCCUUGAAAAUGAAGGAACCUAUGUCUGCACAGCCACCAAUGCUCUUGGAAAGGCAAUGGCAGCAUCUGUACUGCACUUGCUGGAACGAAGACAUCCCAAUAAAAUUGUAUUUCCUAAGGGUCGUAAAAAGCUUGCUCUCCUGCAGUCCACCACUGGAACCAGCAGCAAUGACACUUCAGGAGAAACCCUACCUCGAGAGCCUUUCUGGGAGCCUGGUAACUGGACACGUUGUUCUGCCACCUGUGGCCACCUGGGAGCCCGCAUUCAGAGACCUCAGUGUGUGAUGGCCGAUGGGCAGGAAGUGAGUGUGGCCCUCUGUGGUCAUCUCCAGAGGCCACCGGCUGGGUUUCAGCCCUGUAACAUUCGGGACUGUCCUGCCAGGUGGUUCACAAGUGCUUGGUCAGAGUGUUCUGUAUCUUGUGGUGAAGGAUUCCGCAGUCGACAAGUGACGUGCAAAUUGACAAAAGCCAAUGGAACCGUGCAGGUGGUGUCAUCCAAAGCAUGUGCCCCCAGAGACCGGCCUCUGGGGAGAAAACCAUGUUUCGGUCAUCCGUGUGAUCAACGGGUUGUUGAACCGGGGAGCCAGUGUCCUGGAAAUUGCAUGCGUCGUGCCGUGAGGAUGCAGCAGCAUCACAUAGUUUGCCAACUCCACAACAGCUCUGAGGCUCCUGACUCCCACUGUGAUGACAGAAGGAGGCCCACCUUUAGGAGGAACUGCUCAUCGGGGGCUUGUGAUGUGUGUUGGCACACAGGCCCUUGGAGGCCCUGUACAGCCACCUGUGGCAGGGGCUUCCAGUCUCGGAAAGUGGACUGUGUCCACAGAAGGAGCUGCAGAUCCGUGGCUGAGAGACACUGUGUGCAGAAAAAGAAGCCAACUUCCUGGCGGCACUGUUUCGGGCCUUCCUGUGAUAGUACGUACCCCUCUCAGGAGACUGCACAGACACAACCCACUACUGUAUGUUUGUAAAGCAUCUUAAUUUGUGUUCAGUAGACCUUUACAAGCAAAGAUGCUGUCUGGCGUGUCAAGAAGGAUAAACCUUUGGAGGGGUCAUGAUGCUGCUGUGAACAACAAAGAAAAAUGUAAAAGCUCUUUUCCCCAUGUAGCCGGUUCAAAAACACAUAUUUCUUAAAAGACUCUAGAUUCUGAGACCAAACAGAGGUUGACGCAAAAACACCACUGUUAAAAUUUUGUAAAGUGAAAUUUUCCCAUUGCUCAUUUUUAAUCCCAACUCUUCUAAACAGUGUAUUCCAGAUUACACAAAUAUUCCACGGCACGCAUGCCAUUGCACUUGGGACCCCAUCAUAUCCUCUGCAUCAGGAAAACUCCAAGGUGGUGAGUGCACUGUCAGGUGCUGCUUCUUUCCUGUGAUUUGUAGACUGGCAGAGAGUAGUCCAUCCUGAACACUUGGGAAACACAGCAACUGAUGACUCCCCCUUCUCCCAAGUGUUAGGGUUUUGUCAAGUUUAUAAGGCCUCUUUACGUUUUAGAAGUUCUGGCCAGUAGUUGUUAAGAUGUUGGCGCUAAUGGCAUUUUUAUAGACCCUUAAGUUUAGUCUGUGAAAAAGGGGCAGUCUCUCUGGACAGGAGUGCUUAGCGCUGGCUGAUCGAAGGAUUCCUAGGGGUGGAUUGGGUGGCAUCCUGCCCUUGCACCCAUGGAAGAAAGCACAGAGCAGACGUUGCUGCCAUUUUCAUAACUAUGGAAAUCUAUCAGUGACCAGCGGACACCAUGGAACUCAAAGGAGGGAGAAAGCUAACCUUUUCUACUGAUUUUGAAGUAUAUUCUAAGCUUUCUUUUAAGAGCUGUGAAUGAAACUUUUUCUAAGCACUAUUCUCUUGCACACAAACAGAAAAUCAGAGCCUUAUCAGACCUAAUUUAUGCAUCAAAUAGUAUUCCUAAGGAUUUUUAUUUUGGAAAAGUUAUAAGAAAAUAAUCUAAACAUGAAACAUGAUAGUUUAAAAUACUUGUUUAUAAUAAAUGUUUUAGUUUGAGCUGAUUUCUCAAUAAAUCCAAAAUGAAUUAGGGUGAGGCCAGGAGUUACCAUUAGGACGAGGGGUUAGAGUUAAGAUUUGGGGUAUAAGGUGAAGGUUAGUGUCAGUUUUAGGAUUAGGGCUUGGAUUGGGUUAGAUAAGAAUGGAAGUUAAGUUGGAACUGAGGCGAGAGUUGGCUUUAGAGAUUAAGGUGAGGACCAGAUUAAGUCAGAGUUGGGCUGGGGUUGAGUUGGAUCCAGUGCUGGUGUUAGUGCUAGUGUCAGGGUGGAAGUUAAAUACGGAGUAAACAUUGCUGCUGAAGCCGGUUAGUGUCAUUAAAAAUCAUAACUUCUGAACCUAAUUUGGUUAUGGGGCUCUUUUCCUCACAUCCUACCCGUCACAGCAGCGAGCACACACAACCCCAAAUAAGCGGUCUUACCUGUUCAUUCAGCGUCCACGCUCCUGUCCCCGGGCUGCGUCCAGCCUGUCGGCCACAGAGUUUCCAGGAGCAGGUUGUGCUGGACCGAGUCCCCGGUCAGUAACAAGUGAACAAUGUGUUUCGGCUUUGGAUCUCUCUGUAGACAAGCUUUUGAGUCUCUCUACCAUAUUCUGAGCACCGGGUCUCUUUUGUUCUAACUUCAGCCUCACUGACACUGGGGUGAGCACUACUGUACGUGGAGGGUUUGGUGGUUGGGAAUAGAUGGGGAAAGCGAAGUGGAGACACCAGUUCAUGAAUUCUUGAGCAUCAAUCUCACUUGAUGGUUGAAGGUUUUUAAAUUAAAAGGAAGGUCCUUUGUAAAAAUACCCUUUGUAUAUAUUUAUUAUAUGACUUAAAGGUGCAAUAUUUUAUUUUGUACAGUAUGUAAUAUUUUGGGACAAAUAUUUUUCUUAUUAACAAAAUUUCAUAUUAAAUUGCUUUGCCUUUGUAUUUAAGGUUAAAAGUUACUGUUUUUCAUUUACUAUUGUGCUUUUGUUAUCAUUCAAAUGACAUUCCUGUGUACUGUAUUUUACUACUGUUUCUAUAACAUGAGAAUUGAUGUUUCUCUCUCGUACUCCUUAAGUAAUUCAGAAAUAAAUUUACUUUGAUUAUUCAUUGG